CAGCCAGUGUGCGUUUUGGCAUGAAAUGUAAUUGUCGCAGCUCCGUGGUCGCUCGCUUUUCGUCCAGUGUUCCCCAGUGCCUUCUCAGAGAUCCGUUCAGAUCCGAAAUAUAUGUCAGCCACGCGAUCGAGUGCCCUGUUUAACAAAUGCACUAAGUCGCGCCUAGUUAUAUAAAGGGCAAAAGCGACUGGAAAAGCGGAAGAUUUCCAUAAAUUAAUUCCGAAACUACUUGAACUAAUUUGCCUACAUUAAAGCUGGCCAAAAUGAGUGUCGAAAGAGAUGACGAGUACCUCAAAUUUGUGCCCCACUCAAAGUCGUAUCACGUGGUCCCUGGAGCGGAGUUUCAAUGCAAACUGGGCAACCACAAUUCCAGGAAACUUUCGACCAUAGACGAGCAGGAUGACGAUGUGGCCAAUCGGAAGGGAAUGCUCCACCAGAUCUUGGCCACUUGUGCAGUGCUUUUACUCUCCGCUGGCUGUGGCAUGCCCAUUGGAUUCUCGGCCAUCUUGCUGCCCCAACUAACGGAUACCAACACCACUGAGAUCCCCAUAGAUGUGGAGACAGGGUCUUGGAUAGCCAGUGUCCAUAGUCUGGCCACCCCCUUUGGUUCCCUAAUCUCGGGACCUUUGGCGGAUUACCUGGGACGCCGGAGGACCCUGAUUAUUUCAGUUAUCCCCCUCCUGUUUGGCUGGAGCACAUUGGCCAUUGCCAAGAGCAUUAAGGUGGUGAUCUUUGCGCGGUUCCUGUGCGGAUUUGCCACCGGAAUUUUGGGUGGACCCGGACAGGUCUACAUUGCGGAAACGGCGGAGCCAAACCUGAGAAGUCUGCUGAUAGGAGCUCCUUAUGUGGCCUACUCCUUCGGUAUCCUGCUGGUCUACUCCCUCGGCUCCAUGAUGUACUGGCGGAGUGUGGCCUGGUGCGCCAACAUCCUGCCCAUGUUGGCCAUGAUCUCCAUUUCCUGCAUCCCGGAGACUCCCGCUUGGCUCCUUCGCAACGGGCAUGAAAAGCGUGCCUUGCAGGCGUUAGCCUUCCUUCGGGGCAGCGAAAUCAGUGCCCAAAAGGAGCUGAACGAUAUGAAGCAGAGAUUGGCCAAGGAGCGGGUGACCACCAAGACCAAUGAGAACAUCUUCCAGCUGUGCUGCCAGAGGGUGGCCAAAAAACCGCUCUUCAUCGUGAUCGUGUUCUCCCUGCUGCAGAUGUUCUCCGGCACCUUCAUCGUGAUCUUCUACGCCGUCGAUAUGAUUUCGGAAUUCGGGGCCGAGUUCGAUCCCAAACAGGCGGCGAUUGGCACGGCCGUCGUCCGAUUCGUCUGCUGCAUGGUAUUCUGUGUGAUCCUGAUCUUUUUCCGCCGCCGCAGGAUCAUGAUGGUGUCGGGAAUCGGUUCCGGCUUCUUCUGCAUAGCGCUGAGUGCCUAUCAGUAUGCCAGACACGAUCAACCCAAAAUGUCAUACGACGUUCUUGUGGGAGCCGUAUGUCUCCUGGGUUAUAUUAUCUUCAAUACAGCAUUGAUGGUAAUGCCUGGCAUCAUGAUCGGGGAGCUCUUUCCGGCCAGGAUCCGGGGAAGGACAGCUGGUGGAGUGUUCGCCUCUAUGAACGUGGCUCUCUUCAUCUUCGCGAAGAAAUUCCCUGCCCUGCAGUCAAUGCUAAAAAUGCGUGGAGUGUUCCUGGUCUUCGGAGUGUCCAGUUUUCUGCUCACCGCCUUCAUGUGCAUGUUCCAGCCGGAGACGAAGGGUCGCAGUUUGGACCACAUCGAGGACUACUUCAAUGGAAACAACUGGAUUUGGUUCCGGCGGGAUCGCGGUUAUAAGACGGUCAACUUGCAGCCUCUGCAACCGCUCAAGAACAAUCUGGGGACGGACGCAUAAUCGGGGGCUCUAUAUCAGGUCUUAGCCUAGCUAGUUUUAGCCCUACACGUAGUCCUACCCACAGUGCCUCAUUAGACUCGCUCGAUUUUCCAGUGCCCCCCAGUUGGGCCACUCCGACAGGGAAUCUUCAAAUGAUAAGUUUAUUAAUUCCAAUUGUGAUCGCUAUGCUUUAAAUUGUGCUUAUUUGUUAGUCAUAACUAUAUUUAGAAAUACAAAAACUAAAAAUAAAAA